AGAAGUCUUUACUCUGCCUGCCCUUAGCUAGUGUCAUUAUACUGUGGACUCUGACUGAUCCUAUUGUUCAUCAGUUUUUUGUACCUACUCCAAAAUGAAGACAUUCCUUGUCAUUGCAGCUCUCAUUGCUGUUGCUACAGCAGCUGUUUUCACAAAGAAAGCUCCUCUCUAUGGUGAUGGAAAUGGUGCUAAAGAGGGAGACUACAUUGUAGUAUUCCAAAAGAAACUUCCAGAAAGCGAAGUCAAGAAACAUCUUGAAAAAGUGGCUGUUUUUGGUAAGAGCGUAACAGUCAGACAUCAUUUCAGGCUCACUUCACUUGUUGCAUAUUCCGCCAACAUUGAUGAUGAUGCACUGGAAGAGAUCAGGAUGAUGCCUGAGGUCCGAUAUGUUGAAAGGAAUGGAAUACUCCAUGCAACAGGAACUAAAGUUGAGAAAGCAUGUGAGGAACAACCUGAAGUAACUUGGGGACUGGCUAGAAUAUCUAAGGAGGAUGCUUAUACUCCUAAUGAUCCUUACAGAUAUGAGAGUGAUGGAAUUGGUGAAGACGUCUAUAUUUACAUCAUUGACACUGGAACUCGUGUCGGUCAUGUUGACUAUGGAGGUCGUGCAGAAUUAGGUGUUGAUUGUUAUACUAGUCUUGACUGCAUACCUGCAACUGGAUUUGAUGCUAAUGGUCAUGGUACUCAUGUUGGCAGUACUGCUGCUGGAACAACUUAUGGUGUAGCCAAAAAAGCAACAAUAUAUCCGGUUAAAGUAUUGAGUGAUGGAGGAAGUGGUUCGUAUGAGCAAGUGGUUGCUGGUGUAGUAUACACUACAAACGAGAAGAGAAGCAAUCCUUCACGUAAAGUUGUUGCAAAUAUGUCCUUAGGUGGUCCUGCUAGCCAACUUCUUGAUGAUGCAGUGAAUGAGGCAGUAGAUGAAGGUGUACACAUGGUUGUUGCUGCUGGAAAUGAAUUCCAAGACGCUUGCCUCCGCUCACCAGCUAGAGCCAAUGGAGUGACUACUGUAGGAGCCACUGAUAUAGAUGAUCAAGCAGCUUACUUCACCAAUUUUGGAGAAUGUGUUGCAAUCUUUGCUCCUGGUGUCAACAUUAUAGCAGCCAGUGGAGCCAGUGAUACAGCAACUGCAACAUAUUCCGGAACAUCCAUGGCUUCACCUCAUGUUGCUGGUGUUGUUGCAUCAAUCCUGAGCAGGUGUGACGAUGUUCCCCCAGCAGACAUGGAAGUGUUCAUCAAGAGCAUAGCCUCAAAGGAUAAAAUAGGAGGUCUGCCCCCAGGUUAUGAACAUGAUAACGAGUUGGCGUACAUUGGAUGUGAAACUGGAUGUCCUACUGCCUCAAAGAAAAACUAACUAUUACAUGAACAUUAUUAGCUGCAGCUACAACAUUAUUCCUUUAGUAAUGCACACACACACACACACAUUGAUGCUGCUGUACCUGCUACCCUUCCCCCUCCUUAUUGCUAUGAAUAUUGACCAUUAA